CAUAACCCUCUACAUCGGCUUACUUGAUGUAAGAGCCUCUAUUCACAGGCUUUCAAACGAAUCUCGUUUCAAAGGAACCCUAUUGUCGUCUUCUCUGUCCAACCAACUCUGUCUUUGUGUGAAAGGUGAAGGUAAUAGAACGCGCUUCCUUGUUCUAUUGCGAUGCCCAUUGUUACCAUUGUGUCUUGCUUUAUUGACUCGAGCAGCCCUGCUGUUUCUCCUUUAUUCCAGGCUUUCAUGUCAUUGUCCUUGUAUUAAGAUUUUUAUUUGCUAUAUCAUCAGCAUCUACCGCGCUUGCAUUGCUUGGAAACUACCCUAACGAAAACGAAAAAUACAUCCACCAUGUCCUUUACCAAACUCACUAUGUCCUUUACCAAACUUUCUAUCGCCGCCUUGGCCGCGACUGCAACUCUCAGUAACGCCUAUCAACUUGUCGAGCAACACAAAGGCGCAACCUUCUUCGAUGCCUUCGAAUUCUUCACUGAUUCCGACCCAACGCACGGCUCAGUCUCCUACAAGUCGAGACUCGAGUCUGCACCCAACAAGCUCAUUGGCAUUGUGCUGGACGAAAACAAUAGUUCGGCAGCCUAUAUUGGAGUCGAUAGCAAGAACACCACCGCCAAUAGACCCUCUGUUCGUUUGACCAGCAAGGCCUCAUACAACCACGCAUUGGUCUUGGCUGAUAUCGCUCAUAUGCCCUCUGGUUGCGGCGUAUGGCCGGCUCUAUGGAUGACUGGUCCUGAUUGGCCCAACUCUGGAGAGAUCGACAUCAUAGAGCAAGUCAAUGGUCAUGAUUACAACACUGCCACUCUCCAUACAUCUGCCAAUUGUGCCAUCACUGGUAGCCACAUCAACAGCGGACACUCUGAUCUGUUCAGCGGAACACUCGAAACGCCUGAUUGUAAUGUCAAUUCACCUGCUCAGAGCAAGAAUGCCGGUUGCGGCAUUCGUGCUCCCUCAAACGACACGUACACAGUCGAUAACGAGAGCUGUGUCCACUCCACCUCCGGUGACGGCUUCAACUCUCAACUCGGCGGUUUAUACGCCACCCUCUGGACAUCUGCCGGUGUCAGCAUCUACUUCUUCCCUCGCGAAUACAUCCCCGCCGACAUCACCGCCGGCCACCCCGAACCCAGUACCUGGACCUCCAAACCUCAAGCCGUCUUCUCUGGUAACGGCUGCAACUUUGACUCUCACCUCAAGGACCUUCAACUUGUCAUCAACACAGACUUCUGUGGAGAUUGGGCUGGUAACACCUGGGAAGCCGACGGUUGUGCCGCUAAGACUGGAGUGAGCAUUUGUGCUGAAUAUGUUCAGAUUAAUCCUAAAGCCUUUGAGACUGCCUACUGGCUCUUCAAUUCUAUUAGCAUUUACUCAAAUGAGACUGCUAGUGGGAAUUGAACUGUCUGGAGGUGUCUCGGUUGGAUUCGGCUAUUCAUGAAUAGCGAGUAUACGGAUUGACAGCUCAUGAAUGGGUGGUUUGCUGUUGUUCGAGACAGGAUGCUGGUUCAUCUCUGUCUACUGGAUUUGCAUCUUGCAUUGCGUUAGUGUUGAGUUUGGGUCAAAUUCUUUUUCUCUUUACUAUCUAUGUCGAAUAUUAAAUUCCAUGAUUUA